AUGAGGAUUUCACCCUUUCAACCCUUUUUGACUAUCCUAAUAAUAUUCCAAAUUAUUUUUUUGGUUGAGUCCCAAUUACUGACUAGCGUUUCUAAUGUUUUAGAUAGCAUAACUGGAUCAGGAUCAUCAUCUCCAACAUUAAAAGAUGAUACUCCUCCGUCUUCUCAGCAGUCCGUUAUUUCAUCACAUAUCUCACAUUCAUAUCCUACUCAGUCGUCUAGUUCAGCAGAAAUAAUUUCUUCUUCGACGUCUAUACCAUCCGCUUCAUCAUCGAUUCAAGCUAAUAGUAGUUCUGGCAAGUCUGCUACUCCUACAGAUAGACCAUCAAAUGAUAGUAACCCAACUAGCAGUACAUUAUCUGUUACUUCUCAACGGACAUCCUCAUCUUCGGGUGAAUCUAAUCUCUCUGCCUCUUCCUCUUCAUUAGGGAAUAGUAGUAAAUCAAAAACACUUGGCAAAACAUCCACUGUAGUUACUGAUAAUCCUUCUGAGAAAUACAAUACACUUCUUCCUGUAGCUACCAAUGAUUCUAAAUUUAUAGAUUCGCCUAACGACAGUAAUAAAAAUACAUCUGGAAGUAAAGCUGGUAUUAUCAUUGGUGCAGUAGUGGGAAGUAUUUUCGGAGUUGCUUUAGUUGGAGGAAUACUAACUUGGAUCAAUCGACAUGGUGGUUGUGCAAGACGUACAAAAAGUUCUGCUACAGAUUUUGAGGAUUAUGGAUUAGCAGAUACUGAUUUCCCAACUAAUAAUUUUGCAGGUAUGCAAUCCAUCAAUGGAACCAAAUCACCUACAAUUCCACGGCUUAAUGAUCAAGGCAACUUCUAUAAUAGUGGUCCAGUAAUAACCAAAGAAGAUCCAUAUUCACAAUAUAUGACAGGAUAUCAGAAGCAGACAAUAGAUAACGUAGGCCAUCCAGCUACUGUUGUAGAUUAUAAUAAUAUGUCUUAUAAUACAUCUCAACAAGCGUUUUAUUACCCGCAACAACAACAACAACAACAACAACAACAGCCUUUGCCACAGGAUAUAACUGCUCGCACUGGAGGCAGCAGCUAUUAUGAAGAGUCAGGAGGAUAUUAUCAUGAUAAUACUAGUCAGCAACAACGCAUGUAUUCAAACCAACCAACUUAUCUUAUCAAUACUGGAGAUAAUAAUCAUUACUAUAAACCAGAUCAAGUUGAUCAGCAUCACCAACUUACAUAA